AUGGAGGAUUUAAUUCCUAUUAUUAACAGUCUCCAAGAUGUUUUUUCCACAGUUGGCUCCGAUGUCAUAUCGCUUCCACAAAUAGCUGUUGUUGGUAGCCAAAGUUCAGGUAAAUCCUCAGUUUUAGAGGCUGUCGUAGGACGUGAUUUCUUGCCACGUGGUUCUGGCAUUGUCACACGUCGUCCUCUUAUUUUACAGCUUGUCCAUCUUGACAAGGCUCCAGAAAAAGGAAAGCCACAAGAGUAUGGAGAAUUUGCUCAUAAGCCAGGCGAGAUUUUCACAGAUUUCAACAAAAUAAACGACGAAAUUAUCAAAGAAACAGAUAGAGUUACUGGUUCAGGAAGAAAUGUUUCCAAAGAUCCAAUCAGAUUAAAACUUUGGUCGGCAAAUGUUCUCAACCUUACAUUAGUCGAUUUACCUGGUCUUGUUAAAGUUGCUAUUGAUGGACAACCAGCAUCGAUUGUCCAAGAUAUCCAUGACAUGGUUAAAUCUUUCGUUGACAAACCUGAAUGCUUAAUUCUCGCAGUUACUCCAGCAAAUGCAGAUAUCGCAAACUCAGAUGCAUUGAGACUUGCUAGAGAAGUCGAUCCAAAGGGUGAUAGAACAAUUGGUGUCAUAACAAAGAUUGAUAUCAUGGACAAAGGAACAAAUGCAAGAGAAGUCCUUGAAAAUCGCAUAUACCCACUCAAGCUCGGUUACAUCGGGGUUGUUAACAGAUCUCAACAAGCAAUUAAUACAAAAAUGCCAAUGGAAAAAGCAAGGCAAUUAGAAAGAGAGUUCUUCGAAAAUCAUCGUGACUACUCAGACCUUGCGGAUCACUGCGGUACUAAGUAUCUUACAACUGUCCUUAAUAGAUUACUUAUGGACCACAUCAGGACAUCAAUGCCUGCUUUACGCCAUAAGAUCCAGACAAUGCUUGAGGACAAGCUUAAAGAGCUUGAAGGCUAUGGUUCUGAUCCAACCCAUAAUAAUGCAACAUUAAACGCCUUCAUAUUGGAUGUUAUUUCGAAAUACCUCGAAAUAUUCAAUAACUAUCUCAAUGGAAGAGGUUGUGAUGGAAAAGAAGCUAAAAAUGCUCAUGGCGGUCGUAUCGCAACUUUAUUCGCUGAUAAAUUCAAUACGAAGAUUGAUUCACUCCCAGGUCUGAAUGGAGUCGAGAUCAAGAGCCUCUACAAUCAAAUCAAGAACCAUACAGGAAUUGCUGUUCCUAUCUUUACUCCAAAUGACGCUUACGAUCACAUCUGCGCUCAUAUUAUUGACCAAUUUAAAGAACCUUCUCUUGCAGCCAUUGACGAUGUCGUUGAAAUUCUCUUUGAUCUCCACACCGAAGUCAAAUUUAUGGAAUUAGACAGAUUCAACGUUCUCGAUGGCGCCAUCAGAGCAGUUGUCGAUGAUUGCAUCAGAAGAUGCAUCCCAGAAUGCAGGCAAUUCAUUAACGACCUCAUUGAUGCUGAAAGAUCAUUUAUUAACAACAAGAGACCAGAUUUCAGAGGAAAUGAGAGAUUGUUCGCUCAUAAGGCAAAGAAUUUAAGAGAAAGACCUCUUCCUGUAAGGCCUCCGAUCUUAGAUCCAUGUUCAAUUUCAACACUCUUCGGAAGCUCAAAGAAUUACACUCAGCACCAAGGAGAAGAACUCAGAGAACUACAGGUCUCUGCCCAAGACUACUUUAACAUCAUCAGUGAACAAAUUAAAGAUGUCAUUCCAAAAACAAUCAUCCACUUGAUCGUUCAGAAGUCAUCCGACAUGCUCAGACCAGCAAUGAUUAAGGAUGUCUUCAACGCAGCCGACAGUUUGCAACUCGUUCAAGAAGAUCCUUCAAUUACAAAGAAGAGAAUUUCAUGCCGCCAGAUUGUUGAUGCUCUCCAAAGAGCUCAACAGAUCCUCCUCGACGUCAGAAUUGCCAAGUUUUAA